AUGUCCUCCUCCUCCAACGGCCUCGCCGUGCUAACGGCCCUCGACACCGCCCGAACCCAAUGGUACCACAUAACAACCAUCGUCAUCGCCGGAAUGGGGUUCUUCACCGAUGCCUACGACCUCUUCUGCAUCUCUACCAUCUCCAAACUCCUUGGCCGCCUCUACUUCUACGAGGGCUCCUCCAAACAACCCGGUAAACUCUCCCCUGACGUCAACAACAUCGUCACCAGAGUCGCCCUCAUCGGUACCCACAAGCUUGGCCGCAAGCGUGUCUACGGCGUGACCUUAAUUCUUAUGAUCUAACACGUCUGCGCUAUUGGCUCCGGCUUAUCCUUCGGCUCCUCGGCGAAAGCGGUUAUAGGCACCUUAUGUUUCUUUCGGUUCUGGCUCGGGUUCGGCAUUGGCGGCAAUUACGCUCUCUCGGCGACGAUCAUGUCAAAGUACGCGAACAAGAAGACUCGGGGCGCUUUCAUCGCCGCCGUCUUCGCUAUGCAAGGCGUUGGAAUAAUUUUCGCCGGGCAUGUCUCUAUGUCGUUAUCAGCGCUCUUUCUCCAUUUAUUUCCGGUGCCCGGAUUUGCCACUAAUCCUAUUGAAUCUACACAAAGGCAAGCCGAUUGGUUAUGGAGAAUUGUUCUCAUGCUCGGAGCUCUGCCAGCCAUUGUGACCUACUACUGGCGGAUGAAAAUGCCGGAGACGGGACGAUACACGGCUCUCAUUGCUGGCAACGCGAAGCAGGCGACAACCGAUAUGGGCAAAGUUCUUGAAGUCGAGAUCCAAACGGAGCCCAAUAAAAUUGAAGAGUUCAAGAACAACAACAACUACCCCCUUCUCUCUGCUGAAUUCUUCAGCCGUCACGGCCGUCAUCUGAUCGGAACGACGAGCACUUGGUUCUUGCUCGACGCGUUCUACAGACAGAAUCUCACCCAAAAGGACAUCUUCCUCGCGGUUUAUUUAACCAGCGAGGCGAACGAGAUCAACGCAUUAAGAGAAGUCUCCGAGACUUCAAGAGCCAUGUUCAUCAUCGCCCUCCUCGGAACUUUCCCAGGCUACUGGUUCACCGUCGUCUUCAUCGAGAAACUGGGCCGAUACCUAAUCCAACUCAUCGGGUUCUUCAUGAUGUCGGUCUUCAUGCUGAUUCUCGGAGCAAAGUACGAGUACUUAAAGGGAGAGAAUCAUAGGCUGUUUGUUGCAUUGUACGGAUUGACGUUCUUCUUCUCGAAUUUCGGGCUGAACAUCACGACCUUUGUUCUGCCCGCGGAGUUGUUUUCGACGAGGGUGAGGUCCACGUGUCACGCACUGAGUGCAGCGGCAGGGAAAGCGGGUGCGGUAGUGGGUGCGUUUGGGGUGCGGAGUUUUACAUUGGAUGGGGACACGGAGCAGAUUAGAGCGGCUUUGCUGUUUCUUGUGUUUACGAAUCUGUUGGGGUUCUUUUGUACGUUUUUGGUGAUGGAGACGAAGGGGAGGUCGCUGGAGGAGAUAUUGGGGGAGGACGGGAAUAAAGGAGAAGGGAGAGGGCCGUAA